CCUGAUGGUGGAUUAGCUGCUUGGUCAGUUGUAUUAGGUGGUUUCGUAACCCUCUUUUGUUCAUUCGGUUUCCUCAAUAACUUUGCUGCUUUUCAAACGUACUAUUUCACAAACACUCUUCGAGGUUAUUCCAACUCUGAUAUUGCCUGGAUCGGUGCAAUGCAAUCUUUCACCAUUCUAUCAGCAAAUCUUGUAUUGGGACCAAUCUUUGAUCGACAUGGACCGCGUCCUUUAUUGAUCGGAGCCACUUUCACCUUUGCAUUUGGUUGCAUGAUGACAUCUUUGGCAAGUAAGUACUAUCAAAUCUUUUUAGCACAAGGUGUUGUUGUUGGCGCUUCACUUGGAGCAGCAUUCAUUACACCAAUGGCUUGUAUCAUGCAAUGGUUCGACAAGAAGCGUCCUGCAGCAUUGGGUAUCGCCAUCUCUGGUUCUUCGAUCGGUGGAGUGGUUUGGCCAAUCGUAACGAAAACUCUUUUGGAUAAUGUUAGCUUUGGAUGGACAUGGCGUGCUCUAGGAUUUAUUGGAUUGGGUUUAUUGCCAAUAGCAGUUUUGACAGUUCGAAUGCCACCACAUGUGAUCGAAGCAAAGAAGAAACGUGGACCACAACCAAUUUUGGCACUUGAAGCUUUCAAAACGCCUAAAUAUACCGCAUUCACUGCGGUGUACCUUGUAUUUGCCAUGGGUUUAUUUCCGCUUUUGUUCUACUUUCCCGAAUUGACCGGACAUUAUGGCGUUUCAACGGAUUUGCAAUUUUAUUCAAUUUCCAUCUUGAAUGCAUUCUCAUUCGUUGGAAGAAUGGGUUUGCCAAUCCUUGCUCAAUUUACCGGCGUUUGGAAUACGUCAAUUGCUUGUAUUGCACUUUGUGCAAUUUCCGUUUUUGCAUUCAUGGCGAUCGAUUCACCUGCAGGUUCAGUAGUCGCAGCUGGUGCUUUUGGUUUUACUUCUGGAGGUGCGCUCUCUUUGGUUGUUGCUUGUGUUCCUGCCGUCAUUCCAAAUUUUCAAAAAUUGGGCGCUUCAAUGGGACAAAUCUUUUUCGUUGCUUCUUUCUUUGCUCUUUUAACCGGUCCGAUUGCAGGUUGGAUCUUAGCAACAUCACCAACAGGAAAUUGGAUUGCUGUUGAAGGUUACGUCGGAGGAUGUUUGAUGCUUUGCGCCAUUGGGUUAGCAUUGCUUCGUCAUCAU